GUUUUUUCUCUUUGCCUCCAGGGACUGAACGUUUCCUUUUCUACCAAAGAUGAGGACAUAUUUGAGUACAUGUCUGAAGACUCCAGCAUCAGAUACUAUGACGAGACACACCAAGGUGUGGAGGAGGAAGAUGGGGGUAAAGGCAAGAGGUCACCCCGGAAGGCCAAGGUGGAGAACGGUAUGAAGAAUGGCACUCUGAACAACAGCCACGCUGGCAGUGAUGAUGAGGAGGAAACGUCACUGAAGGGCAAUGCACCUAUCAGAUCAUCAGGUGGUUUCCAAAACCUUGCUGCUGCCAACUUAUCAGCCAUGGACAUGUUAUUAGGGCGUGGUCCCCGCCCAGCUGAACCCAAGGAAGAGCCCAAGCCUGUCCCGCCCCCUGAACCAGAGUCAGAGGACACGUCUCUCACCCCCAUGGAUGGUGAUCUCUUCUCAUCGGCUGGCCAAGGCACUGCAGCAUUGCUCUUUUGAUGGAGGGAUAUUGUAGACAGGAUAGGUUACCAGUCUCUUGCAGGGUAAUGUGUAGAAUGUGGGUUUCUUAAUUAAGUUCCAAGGAAGUGCUUUCUUUUUGUUCAUAUUGAAUUGGGCAAGGCAAGUAUCUUUUACCUGAGGUGCCUUAUGAGAUUUGGUACCAGUCUUUUAGUUAAAUCAUGGAUCCAACGGCAUAUAAUGUUUGAGAAUCAUAACUCGAUGGGCUACUCCCCAAAGCUUGAGAUCAAUGUUUAUCACUCAUUCAUGUCAGGCUUGAAGACAUAUAACAAAACACUUUCAUUUUUGGGGUGAAAUUGAGUCAAUUUCCCGACCAUCUGAAAUAAUCAGGGCCAAUUGGGAUGUCUAUACAACGUAAGGGAAAUAAGUAUAGACUGAAAAGAAUAUGGAUCAUAAUAGGUAGAAAGUGAAAUAAAUCGUGAAUUCACUGUAUAUUUGACCUUUAAUCAAAGUCUUAAGCUUUCAAGUUUGUGAUAUGUCAAAGCUUUACAACAUUUUUGUCGAAAAUACCUUGUUGAGUGUAAGUGAAGCUCCUCUCUGAAAAAAAGUUAAUGAAAAUUUAGAAUGCAUAGAAUAUCAACUGUCCCCAUUAGAAAAUAAAAAACAACCACAUGAAGCAAAAAAACCUUGGAGAAUUAAUGUUUUCCAUAACAUGAAAUUACAUUCAAUUACUUCAUUCUAGACUAUAGUUGAAAACAAUAGACCAUAAGGUGAUAAUCAGUGCAUGAAUAGUCAACUAGGUUCAGCAUCAUUAUCAAACAUCACAUGCAGAUACUCUGAAGGAAGUAAGUUUUUGCUCUCCGUUGAAAUUUCUGGAAGGUUAUAUUUCACUCUGUCAUUGACGUUACUAUUCAUCUGCCUGUUAAUAGCCCCUCCAUUGCAUUUUCUUACCCUUCUUAAUUGUUAUAUAUACACCUACUUAAUGUCCUUCUGUCACAAACAGGCAAUUAAUUUGCUCACAUAUUUCCUUGUUAUUGCUUUUCUUCUACGCACGAAACAAUAUGUUUUUUCAACUUGGUUGAAUUGGUUCAGUAGAUUCCAGAUAUUUGAAGAAAAAUUCAUCUACCUUCUCUGUUUCCUCUAUAAAAGCAGCACAUUUUGAAAAAAACAUCAUGUGAUAUUUAAUUACCUCUCCACAUCAUUUGAGUCGCUAAUGUGUCCACAAGGCAAAAAUAUCAACACAAUAACACCCCAAGAUAUGAAAUAAGAGAAGAAUGUAAUCUCCCCAUGAGAUUUUUAUUUAUUUCAACCAUUUCACAAACAUUGAAAUAAGCAGAGAAAAUGUCCAAUAGAUUGCAUUGUGUUUGUCUUUCUCAAAGAAAUGGAAUCAACAAAAGGCACCCCCUUGAAGCUAAAGAAAUUUGACAUUAUCAAGUUUUAAAUCUUUUGGUGCAAGAAAACGCACAAAUUCCUCUCCAUUUGAGCGUGCUCAUAGUCUCACCAUUUUAUUGAUGUAGCGUACAUGAGACUUCAGUUCUUGGUGCCAGGUCCGAGAGCAGCGUUCGUUUGAUCAAUGUUGCAACUGAAGAAAAUACACUUUCCUUUGUUAUUUUCAUCAAGGUCUUUGUAUGGAAUACAAUAAAGCAUUUGAAGUGGUGUUUGUGAACAUCCUGAGGAACAGUGAAAAAGUUUUCGCAGUUUCACUGAGAGACAUGUUUGAUUAAUAUUCCUCUUUAAUAAGUUUUUUUUAUGUCUCACUCUCGUCACUGCUGCUCCCUCUGGUUAUUCCCACAAGGUGCUUUUGUUUAAAGGACAAGUCCACCCCAACAAAAAGCUUAUUUAAAUAGAAAGAGAAAAUUCAAACAAGCAUAACAAAGUAUCUGAAAAUGUCAUCAUAAUCGGAUGUAAAAUAAGAAAGUUAUAAUAUUUUAAAGUUUGAUUUACACAAAAACAGUUACAUGCACAUCCUGUUCGGUAUGCAAAUGAGGGGACCGAUGACUUCACCCACUCACUAUUUCUUUUGUAUUUUAUUAUAUGAAAUAUUUUUAUUUCUCGAGAUUGUCAUGUGAAACAAAGUUUCAUUCUUCCCUGAACACAUGGAAUUCCAUUAUUUUAACAUUUUGUGGUUCAGGCAAGGAGGUCCUAAUAGUAAUUGUCAAAUUCGUAAAAUUGAAAUAUUGUGUAAUUCAAACAAUAAAAAACAAAAGAAAUAGUGAGUGAGUGAGUGACAUCAUAGACUCUCUCAUUUGCAUAUCACUGAGUUGAGCAUAGAAAUGUUUUGUGAAAAAUAAGUGAAACUUUAAAAUGUCAUAAUUUUCUUAUUUUACAUCCGAUUUUAAUGAAGUUUUCAGCGUUGUUCAUGUUUGAUUUUUCUUUAUUUAUUUAAAUCACCUGUAUUCUGGGGUGAACUUGACCUUUAACAUAGUGUUUUAAAUUGAAUGUAUCAAUUUUGAUAAAUGGUUCUCCUCUAUAAUAGAAACCAAUGUCCUCUAAGUUUCUAUGAAAUAAAAACUAAACUUAAUGUAAGGAGAUUUUGGAAGAGACAUUUCAAACAAUACCACCCCCUCCUCUAAAUCAUAUCAGGAGACAAUUGUCAAUAUAUAUAAGUACACCUGUGGACCAUUCCAUGAAACAAAUGGUCAUUGAUUUUCACUGACUAUUUGUUAUAAGCUACUGAAAUUCUUGUAUCUGAUUGGCUGAGAACAAAUUAGUUUGGUUUUAAUCACUGACAAAGCUCUUCGUGAAAUACUACCACGCAUUGAAAUUCUUCAGCAUGGAGUGGUUUCGGCUGUCUGUCAUAUGAGACAUGAGCAAACAAAUUUGAUCAGUAGUGCAUGCAUAAAUACCCACUGGUGCUUUAUCAUAGUUCAAGAGUGAUUAAUUACACUUGAAUGUUUUAGAGUAGUUUUUGAAAAGCCCACCUGCAUUAGUAAUCUCAGCUACCUUGUUGAAUAGGUGUACACUCUAUAAAAAAAGGUACAUGCUUGCAUUUUGAGAAGAAAUCACAGGUUGUAAAAUCCCCAAAACUUGUUUUUCUUUUGCCCUUCAAUGACUCUUGAUAUUGCCCUAAGUACAAACCCCCCCCCCAGAAAAAUAGUGAAUAGUCAAUUGAUGAAAUAAUAAAACUGACAUUAUAUUAAAUUAUUAUAUAUAGGGUAUACUAUUUGAAGGCUUUAAAAAAUCUUUAUUCAUAAUAUUGGAAAGUGUGUCUUGGUUCUCAUUUAGCAAUAAGGAAGUAAUACUCAAUUUUGCCCCAAUACAACAUAGAUUCACCAAUACCUUGUAAUGUAAAUUUAAUGAGGAGUGCACACUAUGGAUUACGUUGUACUCCUAUACUUAACCCAUUAGUUUUCCUAGUCAAAGAGUGUGUUCAUAUUUGCUUCUUCAGAUUUUUGAAAAGCGUUUCUCAUCGUUUGAAACAUGUUUACAUGUAUGUCUUCUUUACAUAUGGAUGCUUAUUGUAAAUCCACAAAAAGUUGGUAUUGGGGAAAGGAUAAAUUUUAUGCAAUAUUUUUAUCGCUUGCAUUCAGGUAAUGAUACAUUUAUUGGUCUGCAAAGGAAUUUUGAUUUGUUAGCAUUACAUUUAAUAAGGUAUAAAUGCAUGAAAAUGCAUUUAUAAGAAGACGUUGCAUUUACACUUUUAUAGUGAAUAACAUUGAUGAGUGAAUAUAACAUGAUAGUAAAAAACAGCUAGGCUCUCCAAACUCCUUGCUUUCUUAACUGAUAUUUUUCAGUUCUUCGAAGUUUAGUAUGAAUAGUACUCACAUGAAAUGUACUUUCAAUGUGAUUUUCAUACAGUAUGUGUUUUUAAGCUGCACUGAUUCUACGUUAAGAAAUUAUGUAUAGACACACCCUCAGUUGAUCAUGAUAAUGCCAUAGAUUGUACCAUGAACCUACUCAUCAAACAUGGAGUUUGAUCACUAAUGAAUGUUCAUAUCUUGAUGUGUGUUGAAAGCCGGCGGUAUGCAAUGGAAUAUACCGGUAGGAGUUUUCUUUUUGAGGAAUACAGGGGAUCAAUGCAGUGUUAUAUCUAGUGGCAGAGAUGCUUGCAAAUGAUAAUACAUUAUCACAGACUUCCUGUAACUAAGUGACUACUGAAAUACAUUGGAGAAGGGCACUAAAUGCCCAUGCAAGAAAUUCCCGAGAUGGUAUGAUUAUGUAAUGAAAUCAUUAAGAAAAUAACCAGUUUUAUACUUUCAUUUUGAGAAAACAGAUCAACAUAAUUGAGGCACCCCAAAGUGAUAGAAUGGUUAAUUGGCUGAUUGACAUGCUGUAACACUGUAAUUAGUAUUCAAACCAUGUCUACCUUAUGUAAAUAAUACCAUAAUUACCUCCCUAUGUAAACAAAAAGGUACUUCAUAUGCAUUCCAUAAUGUCUGUCAACCAAAACAGCCGAUGAUUAUGUCAUCUCAGGGGUGUACCCCUCUAUGAAUGGAGUGGUUUUUAUUACUUUAUUUUUAUUUACUUUUUAUUGACAAACAUCAAAGUAAAAAAAAAAAUAAUGAACCUUUUAUAUCUGCUACCAUUCUCUUCCUCCUGCUUUCUAUGGAAUGGAUACAGUGACAACUUGUAGUGAGUUAUGCUUUUGUGUGGAAACUCAUGAUAAAGGUGGAGUUUGAAAUGAUCUGCCAGGUCUAAGACUAAGCAAAUAAUCAUGCAGGUACAUGUAAUUGUUAUUUCUGCUGGAAAGUCAUGAAAAAUCAUUCUUUUAAUACUUAAAUGCAUCUUAUUCAUAUAAAGGAAACUGGAUGUUAUUUUAGAAGUUUUUUUUUCUCAGGUCGGCCAUAUAUCAUACAUGUAUACCUGACAUUUGAUUAAUUAAUGGGUUUUGAAGUUCAUAUUUUUCUGCUCUGAAAGUGAGUGAAAGUAAUUUGAGCAAUUUUGAAAAUGUGUAAUGGUAGGCCUUUGUUAAAAAGAUAUGGGUAAUGGAAUCAGAUUCACUUGAUUAUAGAAUACUACAUUGUUAUCAGAUUCAAAACCCUGUAUAAUUCUUUUCAUAGGCCUAUAGUUUCCAUUGUUUGAAAGAUCUCCAAAGAUCCCCAAAGAUUACAGUCUACUCAACAUAUACAAAUGGCAACUUAUGUAACAACUAAGCUUCGAGUCAAGAUGAUGUUGCAGAGAUCGCUUUUAAAACAGGACCUUGAUGAUGAUUGAAAGUUUAAAAUGCAUGCCUAAAAUGAGAACAGAUGGAUUCUAAGAUGAUAGACAGGAAAACAGAUUGGAUAGCAUAUUAUAACACUGUAUAAAGAUAUUAUUGAAUCGAUGAAUUCUUAUCUUUAAAGCUAUUACAA